AGACUCGUUGAGUGAGUCACAGCUCCACUCUCGAACGAGCGGAUGUGUUGAACUUUACCUUCCUGUCGAUCUUCUUUGUCUCUUCCCUCCUCUGCUGUCGACCUCGGCGAUGUUCGGCAGGUGCCAACCUAUUUCGCCUUCGUUGGCCCUAUUAAUAGAGAACCCGCGGCAAAUAUCCGCUGUUGUGUCCUGGUCAGCAGGUUGUUAUAUUUAAUCAUUAAACUUCUCUGGAGUUUGAAGGCUGUUUUUUAUUUGUUCAUUCAAGUGAAGUCGUCAUCGGCGGCAGCCAGCAUCCGCCCGUCGAACACUGACGCUGACACGAAAGAUUUCCCUCUUGAAUUUCGCAGAGGUCAGAUCUGCCCGGACAGAAUGAUGGUGUCUAAGAUCAACAGUGAGGAGGACCAGAGCCGCAGAAAUGGAGCAGCAGUGCCGUGAGCCGACGGGGUCUAAAGAGCCGAGAGGUUAUGUGAAGCGCAUGUGAAGCUCACUGCUGAAAAACUGCACAUUCCUAUUGUGUUUGUGAGACGUCUAAGGACUCUUAGGAAAGAGACAUGGUCGCUCAGUUUAACAAGAUGACUGACCACUGAAAUCUGCAGGAAUGGAAUUAACACAAGGCGGGGCUGCAAAUCACCUGGUACGAAAACUACCACCUCUACCUGGAAGUACAGCACACACACAGUGAUUACUGGUUGUGACUACCCCGUGAACCCUGUUCCUCUCCAGAUCAAUACGUUCCAAAAAAGCUGCCCCUGAGACUUUUUUGCUCCUCCAAACAACCACAUCUAGCGAUUACCGGCAGCAACCAUGAAUGGCCUGAAUGAGAUGUCGGUGAAGUGCGUCGUGGUAGGGGACAGUGCGGUCGGCAAGACAGCGCUGCUGGUGCGCUUCACCUCAGAGACCUUCCCAGACACCUAUAAGCCCACAGUGUUUGAGAACACGGGGGUGGAGGUGUACAUGGACGGGGUUCAGGUCAGCCUGGGGUUGUGGGACACUGCAGGUAACGACAACUUCCGACAAAUCCGACCGAGAUCGUAUCAGCAGGCCGACAUUGUCCUCAUCUGCUACUCUGUGGCCAACGCCAACUCGCUGGCCAACGUCCAGCACAAGUGGAUCGCUGAGAUCCGAGAGAACCUGCCCAAGGUGCCGGUGCUGGUUGUGGCCACGCAGACGGACCUGCGGGAGCCGGGGGCGCUUCGGGGCAGCUGCAUCUCAGCAGCGGAGGGGAGGCGCGUGGCUCAAGAGGUCAACGCUAAAGGCUACCUGGAGUGCUCCUCCCUGAGCAACCGAGGCGUGCAGCAGGUGUUUGAGUACGCGGUGCGGACGGCUGUGAACCAGGUCAGGAAGCAGGCGAGGAGGCGCAUGUUCAGUGUAAACCAGUGCAAAGUCUUUUGACCUUUGACCUUUACUUGAUGUCUCGUCUUGAACUGUCAUGACACAACUUGUCCGACAAUGUGUGUAGGUGGGCGGUUCAAUCUCAGCGAGGCCUUGUGCAGGUAUGAAAACACAAAGUUGUAUUUGUUUUUUAUAUGUCAGGUUCUUUCUCACUAUCCCACCAUCGGCACCAAGACUCCCCUCAACUUAAAACCAUAUUUAAGACUGAGAAUACACUGAUGUAAUCAUACACCGAACCAACCCUCAUACAAAUGUACAGAUGAAAGUUGUACUUACAGAAAUGAGUUGAUUCUACUCAUCUGUGUUUAAGGGAACAAUCAACAAUACAUUAGAUGGCGGUGUUUCACAUGGGGGCAUCGGAAGAUCUUUGAUAAAGUAAAGCCUUUAAAGCUUUAGUGGUGAUGUGCAUCAGCAAUCUGCAUCAGCAGCGCUGAGCGUACCCCGAGUAAGUGUCUUUACUACCACAGAUAAAAUGAUUUGUUGCAAUUCAACAGCAAUGAUUUCAACCAAUAAGAUUAAGAUAACGUGUGUGUCAGCUCAGUGUGUAGGGCUCAACAUUCAGCAUUAUACUUUCUAUAUGUUCUUCUUGGAUCAGACAUGACCAGGAAAUGAACUGUCAAUGGUCAAAGAGCAGACAAACAUGCCACCACGUUGAUAUUUUUGUUCAGACAUUACUUACACUGAAAUGAAAUGAUACUGAUUCAGUACAUGACUGUCAGCAAUACAUACCAGCCAUUUUAAAAGACUCAAACCCUUCAAAUUAUUUGUAUUGAAUCGUAGAAAAAAUGUUUUCUAGAUAUUUAUUUUGAAAUGUAAUCAAUACUCCUAAGAGGAACCAAAAAUGAAAAAACAUUAAACAUUAUCAUCUAAGAUUUUGAGACGUCACAUUGGAAAACAGUGGAUUUUUUUGUGCAUUGUAUUUUUAUUUUUAUUUGAAUCUCCUUUUUAAUAUGACAAGAACGAUAUUAUAACAUUACCUGCUACCUGUGCCAACUGUCACUGUUGUCAUCGGUUACUGGAACAACUAAUUUUAUCAUGUGAAUUAAAACUAGGGAUUUAACAGAUUUUGCUGUUCGUGAACGACUGAAUAUAAAAAUGAGAAGAAACUCAUAAAUGUAGAAUAUCAUCUAGUAAUCUACACGUUUUUUUUUUUAAAUGUAUUAAUUUUUCUCCUUAAUGGCUGUGUAAUCUCCCCUUGGUAUCAAUUGUUUCCCUCUAAUUUAUACACUUUUUAUGUAAACACAUGGCCUACUUUUUUCACAUACAUGUAAUGUAAUAUGCAGUAUACAGUAUGGGAUAUUCCGUUACCAUUUGGCAAACCUGUAGUAUAGUAUACACAUCUAUCUUUACAUACAAAUAAUUUAAAUUGUACAUAUGAUUGUCAUAGAUGUUUGUAGGUGUGUAGGCAACACGACAAAGUGUCACAUCACAGACUUUGAACGGAUUGUUCCCGGCUAUUUUUUUUAAUGAUUGUUUGGUGAAAUAAUUUUUCUGCAUAAUAUCAACAAAUAAUGCUUUCAGACACAUUACUGUAUUCAUUGAUGCUUGAUUCAGAGAGGUGAGCAGCAAAGUGUCAACCAUGGAAAGAAUAAAACGGUUGUAUAUGUAAAAGGA